AUGGACGAAACCUGCGAGUUGGGCAAUUUGCAGGCCCCAGUCCGACCCCAAAACACCUCUAUACAUGAGUUAACUAACGAAGAACCCAACCUUGUCCCACCGCCCAUACCAGCGCAAGACAACGAGCCUCGGUCAGCGGGCCACCGGACAUGGAGGUUCUGGGCUAUCAUUAUCGCAUUGAGCAUCACGGGACUGAUGUCCGCAAUCGAGGGUACCAUCAUAACGAGCGCGCUGCCCACCAUCACAAACGCUCUGGGUGGUGGUGAUACCUACAUUUGGGUCCCCAACGCCUAUCUCCUGGCGCAGGUAGCCAUACUUCCUCUUGCCGGGCAAGCAAGUAACAUCAUGGGUCGUCGCCAUCUCCUUCUGGGAGCCGUUGCCCUCUUCACACUAGGGGGUGGCCUCAGCGGUGGUGCCUCCUCGAUGAACAUGCUGAUAGCGGCCCGCACUAUUCAGGGGCUUGGCGGCGGAUGUAUCAACCUCCUGAUAGAGACUAUUGUGACCGACAUUGUUCCGCUCCGGGAGCGUGGCCAAUAUAUGGGCAUUGUGGGCAUUGGCACUAUUGUUGGAGCGACCCUGGGUCCAUUUCUGGGUGGCUUAAUCACCGAUCAUGCUUCCUGGCGAUGGUGUUUCUACAUCAACGUGCCCAUCGGCGUUGUCUCUUUCGGGAUCCUGUUUGUGUUCCUCCGCGUCAAGUACGAGCGCGACAUGAGCUGGUCGGCUCGUUUCAGGCGCAUCGACAUCUCUGGUAAUGCAAUUUUUGUAGCCGCAAUCGUCUCCGCCCUGAUUGCGCUUACUUGGGGCGGCACCAUCUACAGUUGGAGCACCUACCACAUUGUUGUGCCCCUCGUCCUGGGCCUUGUAGGCGUGUUGCUCUUCGCCGCUUUCGAGUGGACUCCGCGACUCUGUCCAGAGCCCUCCUUCCCGCGGCAGAUCGUGUCAAACCGCACCUCAGCAGCCGCUCUUGUGCUGACCUUUAUCCACGCGGUCGUCGCCUAUUGGGUAUACUACUUUCUGCCGAUAUACUUCCAGGCCAUUAAGGGUUUGUCACCUCUACGCUCCGGAAUAAAUACAUUGCCCAAUGUGGCAGGCGGGCUUGUCUUCGCGGUUCUGGGAGGCGUCCUGCUCUCCAAGUUUGGCCGCUACAAGCCUCUCCACUUGGUCGGAUUCGCUGUUACUACUGUCUCGUUUGGGCUGCUCAGCAUCCUUGAUGCCAAUUCAAGCGACGCCGCGUGGGUAUGCAUACAGCUUCUAAACGCCGUCGGCAGUGGCAUGCUUGGUGGUGUGCUCCUGCCUGCGGUCCAGGCACCUCUGGAUGAAAGCUAUGUCGCCACGGCUACCGGCAUUUGGAGCUUUGCUCGCUACUUCGGCUGCAUCUGGGGUGUCACUAUCCCGAGUGCCGUGUUUAAUAAUGAGUGUAGUCGUCUCGCGAGCACCAUUACCAACGCAGAAAUCGCUGGGAAUCUGUCAGGAGACAGCGCAUAUCAGCAUGCCACAGGUGCUUUUCUACUCAGCAUUGAAGACCCGGCACUUCGCGCAGAGGUGGUCAAAGUUUUCACCGGAGCGAUGCGGACAGUUUGGCUUGUUGGAAUUGCAUUUGCUGCAUUGGGAUUCUUGGUCAGUUUUAUAGCGAAGGAGAUUAAACUACGGGAGGAAUUGAACAAUAACUUUGGGGUAGAAGAACAAAAGGGUGUUACAAUCUCGCGGACGACAGACACCGAGGCUGUGUUAUCGCCUAAUCCUGUCUGA